GUAGUUUCCAAAGAGCAAAAGACGAUCUUUUUCGGCGCCAGCACGCGAGUUCAAAUGUGAUGCUUUUCCUCACAUUUCGCAGAUUUCUGUCGUAUACAACUUCCAGGCCCCACGGAGAGCACACCAGGGUUUUUGCGUAAGGACUACUUCAUUGUUGCAGAACAAUGGUUAAAAUGAUCCACUUGCUUUGCUUGCUUGCGUCCUUCGGCGCUCUCCCGCGACUCACAUGUGCGCGUAGCACUAGCUCCGAAGGCAGUUCAUCACCAAAGUCCUGCGCUUCGUCCGCUGGCGCGACCGCUCUCCAACCGGUGAAAGUUUCUCUUUCAAAGACACCAUUGACGCUGGCGGAAGUGCGAUGUGUUGCAGCGGAGCAGGCGGAGCCGUAGAAUGCAGGAAUAGCUCGGCAACUAAAUUUUAUUGAUACUCGGGGUUCAGAAGAUAGGACAAAGCAAGUCGCUAUGACGCGAACGCUGUUGCACCGGGUUGCGACGAUGCAGGGACGGGAACAGUACAUUGAUCCGGAUCCCGGCGCCCGCGUGUUCACUACGACGCGUCUGAAGCAGGGCCCAUGUUGCAACCUCGGCUGCCGGCACUGUCCCUUCCUCGGGGAGCAGGCGUCCUCGGCUUCUUGUGGAAAGGGGCAGCAGGAGGCCUGUGCAGGACGACUCAGUUGCAGCUAUCCGACCUGGUGAGGGCAGUACUGCGCGGGGCAGAAUUCUUUCAAUGGGGCUUGUUUUACGUGCUGCUGCGUGUCGCAGAACUCAGUACGGGUGUACCACGUAGGAGGGUGUACCACGUAGGAGCCGGAGUGGUUUUACCUCAAGACUCUACUGUAGUUUUUAGAAUUGGAAGCACUGAAGAAAAUUGGUGA